GAGGAGAAGGAAGAGGUGAAGGAGGACGGGGAAAAGGAAGAGGAAGGGGAGUCAGGAACAGAAUAACUGAUGAAAUCAGAGCGACUGUGGUUGACCAUGUUGUCAACCACGGGAUGAGCAUGAGGAUAGCUGGGCAAUGGGUUAAACCAAAUCUGAGCUGCUAUACUGUUGCAGGUAUCAUCCGGAUAUUUCGAAAUGAGAACCGGUAAGUAACUGUAAAUGCUGUAGUCUUACUGGUACAGUAAUAUGUACUGUACUUUCAUAAUGAGAAGGAUCUUUCACUAAAACCACUCAAAUGUUUUUACAGAACUGCAAGAAAACCAGUAUCUGGUGGAAGUGGUUGACUGUUCACCCCAGAGUAGGAGACCCACAUUGUAAAUAUGGUCAUUGCAAAUAACUGCAUCAGACUCAGAGAACAGCAGGACCACAUAAUGGCAGAUAACACCAUAUUCCAAAACGUCAACAGAUUGAGUCUCUCUGCACUGUCUCGUCUACUGAAACGCAAUAGAAUUAGGAUGAAGCAGCUCUACAGAGUUCCUUUCGAAAGAAACUCAGACCGUGUAAAACAACUGAGAUUUGAAUAUGUGCAGAGAGUCAUGGAGCUAGAAGCAGAUGCAGUGCAUCAUCAGCUAAUAUAUGUGGACGAGGCAGGUUUCAACCUUGCACAAACAAGGUGCUGCGGCAGAAAUAUCAUCGGACACCGUGCCAUCAUCAACGUCCCGGGACAACGUGGUGGCAACAUAAGAAUGUUUUCGGCUAUUCGUCAAAAUGGCAUCCUUCACCAUCAUGCAAUCCUAGGCCCAUACAACACUGCACACAUUAUCACAUUUCUUGACACCCUCCACAACAGACUAAUCCCUAAUGACCAUGGGCCAGAGAAGCCCAGGUACGUUAUCAUCUGGGACAAUGUUAGUUUCCACCGGGCUGCUGUGGUCUGCAAUUGGUUCACAGGUCACCCACUUUUCAUCGCACUCAAUCUCCCCCAUACUCUCCAUUCUUGAAUUCUAUUGAAGAAUUAUUCUAUGCAUGGCGUUGGAAGGUGUAUGGUCGCCAGCCCCACCAACACAUACCCCUUCUACAGGCAAUGGAGGAGGCUUGUGGAGACAUCGAUCAGGGGUCAUGCCAGCCCUGGAUAUGGCACUCCAGGCGAUACUUUCCACGCUGCCUAGCUCAAGACAACAUCGCAUGUGAUGUGGAUGAAGUCUUAUGACCAGACCCACAAAGACGACGAGAUGUAGCCCAAUUUCUUUCUGUUCUUUUUUUUCUAACACAAAUGUUUUUGUUUUCUUCUACUCCGCUUUUGUUGUUUGAGGAGUGUUAGAACAUUUUGAGAAAAAAAAUCCCCUUAUUUGU